AGCUAUAGCAUCUGCCGGGACUGCGCGACGACGGCUUCAGCCAUGAGUGACAACGUGAUGCGAGCCAACGAGAAUUUCCUGAACCCACUGCUCAUCAGCGACGACCAGCCGAUCAUGAAAACCGAGGCGCGCAAGCGCAUCCUCGAGCGCGCAGCUCAUAAGAUGGAGCUGCACGCGGCCAAGUUCGUCGACGCCGCAACUCGCAGCGAGGACAUGGUGUACGGCGAGCAGAAGCCCAUCGGUGCUUACUUUGAUGCUGUGCAUUCCGCUCUGAUGAGCCACGAGGUCGACAAUGGCGUCACGGAGCCGCUGCUCAAGGGGCGCUCCAACUCCACCACCAACGUCGUGUACGACCGCAAUGCAGCGGAGCACGUCGAGCGAGGUGACGCGCACGUGAAGAGGGGUCGGCCUCUGCGGGACUCAUACCUGAAGCAGCUGGGGUACACGCCGCUCAUUUUCAAGAAAAUGAAGAAGAUCGGCAGCUUCAUCGCCUCCAUGUCGCCGAUGCGAACCCGAAAGCCUAACGACGAUGACCUCCUGAGCGACGCUUUUCCGUACCACCAGUCCAUCAUUCCGUCGAAGGGCUCCAUUCGCGGCUCGGUCUUCAAUCUCGCCGGCGCUACGCUUGGCGCUGGAGCGCUGUCGUUGCCGUACGCAGUGGCAGUUUCUGGAUUGGGUUUCGCUGUGGCUCAACUUGUGUUGGCCGCGGUGCUUACUGUGUACACGAUUCGACUGCUGAUUCGCGCGGAAGACAUCACCAAGUUGAAGUCGUACGAGGACUUGGCGAUGUACUGUUUCGACACAAAGAUGACGAUUUUCGUGGAGGUGAACAUCCUGAUAUUUUGCUUCGGCAUUUCGGUUGCGUACCUUGUGACGCUAGGAGAUAUCAUCACGCCACUUGGCGAGCUCUGUUUCGGGAUGCAAAGCGUAUUCGCGCAGCGAUGGGUGCUCAUGACGAUCUCGUGUGGAACGAUCAUGCUCCCGCUGUCGUUGAUGAAAGACAUCAGCAGCCUUCAGUUCUCGUCCAUUCUCGGAGUGCUUUCCAUCAUCUUCCUGGUGGUUGCGGUGGCCAUCCGGUCGAUUAUGUACGCAAGCGCUAACGGAAUCCCAGAGGACAUCAGUUGGACGAUCGACUUGAGUCGUGGUCCGGACUUCAUGCUAAGUGUGCCGAUCGUCAUGUUUGCCUUCACAUGCCAGGUGAACGUAUUUUCGAUCUACACAGAGCUGCAGCGCCCGUGCAUUCGCCGGAUGAACAAGGUGGUGGACCGUGCCACGCUGAUCUCCUUCCUGAUCUACCUGUCCAUUGGCGUGGUCGCGUAUCUUGCCUUCGGGCCUCAACUCGUGGAGCCCAAGUACAAGGGCAACAUCCUGCUGAGCUUCCCGUUGAGCGACACCCUGAUCGCUAUUAGCCGCGCCGCCAUCACCUUCACCGUGGCUGUGGCCUUCCCCCUGAACAUUUUCCCGUGCCGCUUUACGAUCGACAUGAUGUUCUUCUCCAACUCGGAGGACUCGACGUCGCGCCAUGUGGCCGUGACGAGCGGCCUGGUGCUGCUGGCGCUGCUGCUGGCCAUCUUCUGCCCCAGCAUCAACGUGGUCUUCGGCAUCAUUGGCGGCACGUGCUCCACCGUCGUGUGCUUCUGCUUCCCCGCCGCGUUCAUCUUGAAGCUGGAGGACGGUCCGCUCCUGGGGCCCAAGAAGAUCGGCCCGCUGCUGCUGUUCAUCGGCGCGAUCGUGAUCGGCUUCGUGGGCACUGGCGUCACCGUGUGGUCCAGCCUGCUCAUGCCGCCUGCGUGAGGGCUAGCUAGCUCGUAUGACAAGUACAGUAGUAGUACCCAAGGCGCAGUAAGGCAGAGCUUGA